UCUUACCUCAAAAAAAAAAAUAUAUAUGCCAUCUAAAUCACAAUCAGAAUCUCCAUCUCCAUCCAUCUGCUGAUGUUUCAAUCUCUCUCUGAAUCUGCAGAUUUCUUCCUCUUCCCAGACCCAGGUUACACUCACAUGUGAGGUUUUUUGAAAGUGAAAUAAUGAUGGAAGCACAAACUUGUAGUACAGGUUAUGGGAAACCACCUUGGAGGUUCAAAGGCAGAGCCCUGUAUCAGUUCCAUCUAGUUAAAUCCGAUGUCGCUCGAGCUCUCAUUCCCAAAGAGUUCACAUUAGUUCAAGCUUUUGGAUAUACUCUGGGUGGCUUCUUCUAUGCUAACUAUGAUCAUAGCCCUGCUGGAGUCUUUGAUGAGUUAGUGGUUAUUGCAGGAAUUGUUUGGAAUCCACCGACAUCUUGCGCGUGGGCGUCUAAGGUUCUUGUGAGCAGCAACGAGGCAUGUCUUCAUGGACGGAAGGAAGUGGGACUUCCGAGUCACGUUGCUAGGUUUACACAGAGACUGGCAACAGAUCCUCGGCCAGAGAGGAGCAGAGGUAAUCGCUUCCUGAACAUGAUUGGUUUAGCAACUACCAAACCUAGUUCAAGGCUUCAUUUGGAUACUGAAGUGACUGAAUUAAGCGGACGCACACACACAUCUGAGGAUUUCAGUAUCAACCUCCAGAGUUCUGUGCCUGAAGAGAAUUCCAAAGUGUGGUUGGGUCCAUUCAUCAAAAUGUCACUUCCAAGCUUUAGUGGACGCACAGAGUAUAAUCCCAAUCUUCUCAAGUAUUCUUGCCAAAUGGAGUGCAGGGUGCGUGUAAUACAGCCGCUACAGAUAUAUAAGGCUCCUCCUAUAACAGAUCUCAGGACUGAACGACAGGACGCUGAAGAGCAGCAGAGUUCAAAUUCUGCACAUCGAGCUAUGGCAGAAACUAACGAAAACAGAAGACAUUUGAGUCUUUCUGUAAUGUUAUCAAAGCCAAUACUGGCUUUAGAAUUCAACUGUUUGAACAUGAAUGUUGAAGAUCCUCUUAUCAUCUCUGAAUGAAAGUAAAUUUCAUGUACUUCUGGGAGAGGCUUCCCCUCCAAAAAGGAUUUAAAAAGCACAAGGGAUCUCUCAGGCUGAGAAAAUGGAGCUUCAUGAGAUGCUCCCCUUACUGUGGCAAAUGAAAGGAGAUCUCCAUGCACUUCCGUCCAACCGCCAACCUGGACAAAUGAAGCCAUUUUCUUAAUUGUUACAGCCAAAAGUUAGUUUUUAGCUUCUUAUAAGCUUUUCUGGUUAAGAAAAUCUUCUUCUUGAAGAGAAUAAGACUGACCUGCUUUCCCACAAACCAGACUCUAUAAGGAACAGUUGUGUUUAGUUUUA